CCCCAAGUCCACCGCCCUCCCUCCCCCACUCCCCGUGGCGCGAGCGGCUGAUCCCGGAGAGGAAACGGCAUUCGGCGCCGCUCUCCCGCCCAGGCCGGUCCUGACGCGGGCCUCGUCAGCCGGUAACGGGGAGCAAAGGUGGGGGUCAGGGAGGCGACCACGAAAACGGAGGUUAGAGCCGAGAGGUCUCCUUGAGAACGGCAGGAGUUGGGAGGAGGCGGCAGCAGCAGGAGCAGCGGCGGCGGCAGCAGCGGCAGCGGCAGCAGCAGCUGGGAGGAGGUGGUGACGGUGGCAACGGCAGCGUCGGGGACGAUGGCGCGACUGGUGGCAGUGUGCAGGGACGGGGAAGAGGAGUUCCCCUUCGAGAGGAGGCAGAUUCCUCUCUUCAUAGACGACACCCUCACGAUGGUGAUGGAAUUUCCUGACAAUGUGUUAAAUCUCGAUGGGCAUCAAAAUAAUGGUACACAACUGAAGCAGUUCAUUCAGCGACAUAGUAUGCUUAAGCAACAAGAUCUGAGUAUUGCCAUGGUGGUGACAUCACGUGAAGUCUUGAGUGCACUUUCUCAGCUCGUCCCAUGUGUUGGUUGUCGUCGUAGUGUGGAGCGCCUCUUUUCCCAGCUUGUAGAAUCUGGAAAUCCUGCCCUUGAACCCUUGACAAUAGGGCCCAAGGGAGUCCUGUCUGUAACUCGAAGCUGUAUGACUGAUGCCAAGAAGCUUUAUACGUUAUUUUAUGUACAUGGGUCCAAAUUAAAUGACAUGAUAGAUGCUAUUCCAAAAAGUAAAAAGAACAAGAGAUGUCAAUUGCACUCCUUAGAUACGCACAAACCAAAACCUUUGGGUGAAGGGAGCAGUAGCAGUGUCAGUUCAGAGAAGUUAAGUACAGAUAAGAGAAGUAGUGAAGACCACAGGAAGGACAGCAAGUGUAGGAUCAUUUUGCAUUAUGGACCUUUCCAGGGACCAGCCAGAGGUUGUUGGAUGGAUGUAUGGGAACUAAUGUCCCAAGAAUGCAGGGAUGAAGUUGUUUUAAUUGACUCUAGUUGUCUUUUAGAAACACUAGAAACAUAUCUGCGAAAACACAGGUUUUGCACUGAUUGCAAAAAUAAAGUCCUCCGAGCAUACAACAUCCUUAUUGGUGAACUUGAUUGCAGCAAAGAAAAGGGCUACUGUGCUGCACUUUAUGAAGGCUUACGGUGCUGUCCACAUGAGCGACACAUACAUGUUUGCUGUGAAACAGACUUCAUUGCACAUCUUUUGGGUCGUGCUGAGCCAGAGUUCGCAGGAGGGCGAAGAGAAAGGCAUGCUAAGACAAUAGAUAUAGCCCAAGAAGAAGUUCUGACCUGCUUGGGCAUUCAUCUUUAUGAAAGACUGCAUCGGAUCUGGCAAAAACUGCGAGCAGAGGAGCAGACGUGGCAGAUGCUUUUUUAUCUUGGUGUUGAUGCUUUACGUAAGAGUUUUGAGAUGACUGUGGAAAAAGUACAAGGUAUUAGCCGAUUGGAACAACUGUGUGAACAAUUUUCAGAGGAGGAACGAGUACGAGAACUCAAGCAAGAAAAGAAACGCCAAAAACGGAAGAAUAGACGAAAAAAUAAAUGUGUAUGUGACAUUCCUACUCCCCUACAAACAGCAGAUGAGAAGGAAGUAAGCCAAGAGAAGGAAACAGACUUCAUAGAAAGCAGCUGCAAAGCCUGUGGCAGCACUGAAGAUGGUAAUAAUUGUGUAGAAGUAAUUGUUACCAAUGAGAAUACAUCAUGUACCUGUCCUAGCAGUGGCAGUCUUUUGGGGUCCCCUAAAAUAAAGAAAGGCUUAUCUCCACACUGUAAUGGUAGUGACUGUGGAUAUUCAUCUAGCAUGGAAGGCAGUGAAACAGGUUCUCGGGAGGGUUCAGACGUUGCCUGCACUGAAGGCAUUUGUAAUCAUGAUGAACACGGUGACGACUCCUGUGUUCAUCACUGCGAAGACAAAGAAGAUGAUGGUGAUAGUUGUGUUGAAUGUUGGGCAAACUCUGAAGAGAACACCACCAAAGGAAAAAAUAAAAAGAAGAAAAAGAAAAGCAAGAUGUUGAAAUGUGAUGAACAUAUCCAGAAGCUGGGAAGCUGUAUUACAGAUCCAGGUACUCGAGAGACCUCAGGAAAUACCGUGCACACAGUGUUUCACCGCGAUAAGACCAAAGAUGCACAUCCUGAAAGCUGCUGUAGCUCUGAAAAGAGUGGGCAGUCACUGCCUUGGUUUGAGCAUAGGAAAAAUGUACCACAGUUUGCAGAACCUACAGAAACAUCAUUUGGUCCUGAUUCUGGAAAAGGUGCCAAGAGCUUAGUUGAACUUCUUGAUGAGUCUGAAUGUACUUCAGAUGAGGAAAUCUUUAUCUCACAAGAUGAAAUACAGUCAUUUAUGGCUAAUAACCAGUCUUUCUACAGCAAUAGAGAACAAUACCGACAGCAUCUGAAGGAGAAGUUUAAUAAAUACUGCCGCUUAAAUGAUCACAAGAGGCCCAUUUGUAGUGGCUGGUUGACAACAGCUGGAGCAAAUUAAGUAAAUAAAAUAGCUCUGUCUUUCAAUGAAACACUCAAGAUGACUACUGCGCCUUCUAUUUCAAAAAACCUCUUAAUUUAGUGACUUAUGGCAAAUUUUUAUCUUAAAUCAAUGUGAUUCUUUCUUGUUUUGGGAGAUGGUGGAGGUAACCUCAUUAGUUUGUUCUUUCUUCAGGCUUGUGUCUUUAGUUGCGUGGCUACGCAGGCCUGCCAUAUGAUUUAAGCCAUCUCUUUUCAUUAAAUGUUUCUCUUCCUGUGAGACUUACUAAAGCAACUUAGUGGCAAAAAGUAAUGUUGUACUUAUACUUCUGUACAGAAAUGACAAUGAGCUGAAUAUAUGGUUUUACGAAGUAGACAUCCACUUGCGAAAUGUUUGGAUGUAAUGUUAAAAGCGCAAUGUGCAAAAUUUAAAUAAAGAAUAUUUAUUAAUAUGCACAGUAAAAUUUGGUGUACAUGUUUCUACUUCAUGUAUGGCAGUAUUUUAAUAUUUGGCACUUGUGGACUUGGUACUUGGCCAGUGUUGAUGUUCGAGAGGAUGAAGAAAGAGCAAAUGAGGAUGCAGAUACAGAUUGUCGAAGACAAAAAUCUUACCUUGAUCAGAACUGACAGCCAAGAAAAGAAGUUUCCAGUCUUUUGGUUUGAUAGAAUAAAUUUGCUGCAAUAC